CUGCAUUUACUAUAUCUGGUCUCCCCGGACCCUGCAUUCACUAUAUCUGGUCUCCCCGGACCCUGCAUUUACUAUAUCUGGUCUCCCCGGACCCUGCAUUUACUAUAUCUGGUCUCCCCAGACCCUGCAUUUACUAUAUCUGGUCUCCCCGGACCCUGCAUUUACUAUAUCUGGUCUCCCCGGACCCUGCAUUUACUAUAUCUGGUCUCCCCGGACCCUGCAUUUACUAUAUCUGGUCUCCCCGGACCCUGCAUUUACUAUAUCUGGUCUCCCCGGACCCUGCAUUCACUAUAUACGCUCUCCCCGGACCCCUGCAUUCACUAUAUCCGGUCUCCCCGGACCCUGCAUUCACUGUAUCUGGUCUCCCCGGACCCUGCAUUCACUGUAUCUGGUCUCCCCGGACCCUGCAUUCACUGUAUCUGGUCUCCCCGGACCCUGCAUUCACUAUAUCCGGUCUCCCCGGACCCUGCAUUCACUAUAUCCGGUCUCCCCGGACCCUGCAUUCACUAUAUCUGGUCUCCCACAGUACACACAUCAUGGAAGUGCAAUUAUUUUAGUAAAUAUAAACUGCUAAAUACCUUUUCUCAUCAGCAGUAUAUAGCAGUCUUGUGA